AGGACAACGAUUUAAGAAGAAGAGUUGAGAGCGGCUCGGACAGUUCCAUGCACAUCCUCGUCAGUCCGGAUUGAUUUCAUUGGUACUCUGUUUUGGAAUAACUUUGGAAUGAGAUCAAAGCUCCCCCUCUAUCUGUUUCGGAGAGCUGAUAAGGCUAUCUUUUGUGAAGGGCGCUGUGAAUUACCUGUGGAAAAAGUCAUCUGCACAGUUGCACAGUCACUGCUAUCAUUUUAAACUGUUGGACCUUGCUGCAUUUGCCUACUUUGUUCACUUUGGGCCAAAAGGAAAAGAAUUACAUUUGAAUACAUACUCAAUGCUGAAAAAAACAUACCAAGACUCUCUAGCACAGCCCUAGAGUUUUGUCUGAGAACAGUCUGGUUUUUUUUUGUCGGUCUGAGAAAUAGAUAAGUACUUUUUUCAUCUUGGCAGUCCAUCGAGGGAGUGUUCACUGAGUACUACUUUGCAUUCAAAGGCUUUCCUGCAGAGUCAGACUGCCUGACUGCCUGACAUUUGUUCAUACAUCUGUUUUGAUGUAUUUUUCAGUGGUUUCUGCAUAUUUAUCCAGUGGAAGAUGAUACACUUUUGAGAAUCUCCCAAGGACUUUGUGAACCUCAGAGGUUAAGCUUUUGCUGCUUUGAAACAUGUUAGUAUUUAAGCAUUUAAGCCAUUUGUCAAACCACAGCCAAGGAUAGAAUAAUAUCUACAGAGAAUCUGUCUGAAAGAAAAAGGGAACCAGAGAGAGAAAGAGAGAGAGAGAGAGAGAGAGAGAGAGAGAGAGAGAGAGAGAGAGAGGGAGGAAGCAUAAUAGGAGUGGCUUCUGUUGCCAAGAACAACGGUAUCAACACAUUGCAUGGUCACAACACAGACCCACCCACACAGGCACGCUCUCCCACACACACUCUCAGUGGCGCGACGGGGCAGGCAGCUCGCAAUCUCACUCUGCCAGCCAGGGACACAAUCACCCGAUUCCCCAUCGCCAGCGGGCAGAUCCAGACAGAUGGGAGUGUGUCCCUCCGGCACGGGCACCACCAGUAGCAGCAGCAGCCCCCUUCCUCCUCCUCCUCCUCCUCCUCCUCCUCAAGAGUGUGUGUGAGAGAGAGCGCUCCCCUCCAGGCCAGAGCACUGAUCCCACAGCGCUGCCUUCCGCAGCGGGGUUGAGGACCCAGAGCCGUGCAGGAAAGGAAGGGACAGGAGCUCGGACGCAGCUGAACGGAUUACAGCUCAUCCUGCACUCCGCCGUCUCUCUCUCUCUCCCUCUCUCCACAGCUCAGCACGCGGCGCCCGGGGACAAAAAGAGAGGAGGUUCAGCGCAUCAGUGCCACAGCAAUCACAUUUCUCCUCCGCCACUCUUUUUGUUCAGUCUAAUUUGUGGCUAUUUGCUGUUCUUUUUUUUUUUUUCUUUGUUGUUCUUUUUUCUUUUUUUUUCCCCUCUUUUUCUCCCUCCUCUCUUUUGACGCUAGUGUCUGGAAGAGGAGCAGGACUUGGCAGGACUGUCUGUGCCUGCCUGCUUUUUAAAAAAUAAAUAAAUGGCCCCAGAGGUGGGUACACGAGAAGUGCUUUAGGCAGAGAGAGAGAGAGAGACAGAGAGAGAAAGAGAGACAGACAGAGAGAGAAGUGUGCAGACUGCCAAAAGUCAUGGGGAAGUCCAACAGCAAACUGAAGCCUGAGGUGGUGGAGGAGCUGACCAGGAAAACCUAUUUCACGGAAAAGGAAGUGCAGCAGUGGUAUAAAGGCUUCAUUAAGGAUUGUCCCAGCGGGCAGCUGGACUCUGCAGGUUUUCAGAAGAUCUACAAGCAGUUCUUUCCCUUCGGAGACCCCACCAAGUUUGCCAGCUUCGUCUUUAACGUGUUUGAUGAGAAUAAGGAUGGGCGCAUCGAGUUCUCAGAAUUCAUCCAGGCCUUGUCAGUCACCUCCAGAGGGACACUGGAUGAGAAGCUCAGAUGGGCUUUUAAACUUUACGAUCUCGACAACGAUGGCUACAUCACUCGAGACGAGAUGCUGAACAUCGUGGAUGCCAUUUACCAGAUGGUGGGAAACACAGUGGAGUUACCCGAGGAAGAGAACACUCCCGAGAAGAGAGUGGAUCGCAUCUUCGCCAUGAUGGAUAAGAAUGCCGACGGGAUGCUGACGCUGCAUGAGUUCCAGGAGGGUUCCAAGGCCGACCCGUCCAUCGUCCAGGCCCUGUCCCUCUACGAUGGCCUGGUUUAGAGGUGCCUGCGGGUGGCUGCUGUGUCUUUGUGUCCUCUGAGGCACAGACUAUCUUUCCCUGUACCUGGUGGGACAUGGAGUUCUUGUGCUGCAUUGUGAAUGCAGUAGCUAGAUCAGACGUCUGGCUUCAAUAAUCUCAUUUUCACGGUUGAAAAAACAUUCAAACAGACAGUGUUAGCAGCUAUGCUGUGCUGUGCUGCAUCUCUAUGUGACAUUGGCUUUUGGAUGAUAAACUAUUGACAAAAAAGAAGCAAAGUGAGGACACUUCAACGGGAGCCCUGACCUUGAGAGUUCACCUGCUUCGGAUGUGGAUGCAGAGGGACUACAGAAUUAUUUGUUGAUAUCAGGACUCCUCCUAAAGUCUUUUCAGUUCUAGUGUGAGUUUACCUUUGGUCAGUUGGUAAAGAAUACAGCCUCACACAGGUACAUGUAGUAUACACCACAUCAAACACUCACUUGAUCAACUGACAUGACCUGCAGAAGGUUUAGAUAAAACAAUAAACAAAUAGUUGAACUAAUACAUGUACUGGACUGUACAGCUUAACAUCAUUGUACUGUGGCUAUGCCAAAAUAGGGAGACUGGAUAGCAGACUCAGUCUAUAGCAUAACAGACUUCAGUCUUCUUAGUGAACACAACCUUGUUUGCUCAUGAAUUUCACAUAAUUGUUGUGGCUUCUGAUGUUCCUCCUGAACUCUAUGAUGAAAAGCACUGAGCUUGAUUGGAAUUCCUCACUGCACAAUCAGAAACUGUGUUUGACGUGAAAAGUAUUAUUUUUCUAUUCGGAGCAGGCCUGUCAUUGUGAAAGAGAAAGCCUUUGUGUAUUAUACCCAAUGCACCAAACGUUUUUUUACUCUUAAUAGGGGUUCUUCAUCAUCACAUGCACAGCCCAUCUUACUGUCCAAAUGAGCCAGGUUCUAUGUACAGUACAUUUUGCCUUCCCACAGUUGCCAUCUAAAAGUCCAUAGGAACUGUACAGUGACAAAGUGGUGGACUUACCCAUUCAUUUAUUGCUAUCAUGUAGUGAAGACUCGAGUGUUAUUCCCAUGCACUAAAUUAAACAUGAUGUAAAUACAGUA